AAAAAAAUAGUUUUUUUUAAAUCUCUUUCGGUUUUUUUAAUAUCGUUAAACACUUGUCGACAUGGCGUCCGUUUUGAACUGCAUGAACUACGGCGGGGCCGCUUACUUCGACGACCGACAACUUACCCGGUACGUGGACUACGACGCGGCCGGCGACACCCUCAGGGCCGUGUACGAGGCCGCUUUCGCCGGCGGCGGCUCGCCCGCGGGUUCCACGUCCACCGUGACCACCGCGACGUCCACCUCGUCGUGCGGCGAUCCCAAGUCCCCUUACGAGGCCAACGGCGGCGGCGGCGGCGGUCUGGCCGAAUGCGGUGGGCUGCUGUUCGACGACCAGGACGCCAUGGCCAUGGCCGCCGAGGAAGCGGCCGCCGGUUGCGACGGCCAGGCAGGCGGCACCGACAAGGUGAUGAAGAAGCGGCGGCUGGCGGCCAACGCCCGCGAGCGGCGGCGCAUGCAGAAUCUGAACAAAGCUUUCGACAGGCUGCGCACCGUGCUGCCCACGUUGGGCAACGACCGGCAGCUUUCCAAGUACGAGACUCUGCAAAUGGCCCAGACUUACAUCACGGCCCUGUACGACCUGCUGCAGUAGACCAGUAAUUGUACGACUUACGUUUUUUCUUACAUCAAAAUCUUGUACAUAUUAUUUUAACUGUCGAACGUAAUCGCUAUUAAAAAGAGUCAUUUAUAGCUGUUAUAACUCUUCUCGUCCUCUGCUAGGCUAGUUGUAUUUUUUUUAUCA